CUGACAGCACAUACACAAAAACACUCCGAGAACCAGCAGAGAAACAGAGGGUUAUAAUGUUCUCCUCUUUCCUGUGGAUUAUUCUUAUUAUAACGUUCUGGAGCUCCGCGACUCUGGACGCCAGGAAAGCAGACGAGUCCCUCAGCGGGAGCGUGCAGCGCGCGAGAUGCGCGUCCCGGUGCCUCAGCCUGCACAUCACGCGCAUUUCUGCAGCCUUCAGACAUUUACAGAGCAAUGGAUCAUUGGUGUGGUGUGAGAAUCACAAGCAGUGCUCAAAGUGUCUGGAACCGUGCCGAGCCUCAUGGGACCUGAAAGAGAACCAGUGUCAGGAUCUGUGUGAGACUCAGUUCCCGAAGAAGCACUACGAGUGUCUGACGAGCUGUGAGUUCCUUCGGUCGGUGCAGACGCUGAAGCAGGGCGAGUGUCCCGCAGAGGAGAAGGCCAGCGGGUUCGAAGCUGCCUGCGUACAGAGCUGUGACUCCGACAGUGACUGCACGAGUCUAAAGAAGUGCUGCUCCAAUGGCUGCGGACACACCUGCCAGAUGCCCAAGAACAUUUAUAAAGGGUCUCCUCUGAAGCCGCGUAAGGAUCUGCAGUUUGUGGAGCAUCCGUCAGGUCAGCUGGAGCUGCGCUGGUCCUCACGCUUCAAUGUGUCUGUGGAGCCGGUGCUGUACGUGCUGCAGAGACGCUGGAACUCUGGGAUACACCCUACUGAAGACCACGCUACACACUGGAGAGACAUCGCUCAGGUGAGCGAGGAGCGUGUGGUGCUGAGUGACGUGCGUCCCAGCCGCUGGUAUCAGUUCCGGGUAGCGGCGGUGAACGUUCACGGCACACGGGGGUUUACUUCACCCAGCAAACACUUCCGCUCUCACAGAGAUCCGUCUCCUCCUCCGCGUCCGUCUGCUCUGCGUGUGGUGAACAUGAGCGUGUGUGCAGACGGUCUGAUGUCACUCCGCGUCCGCUGGAGUCUCCCUACAGAGUCUGACGUUCCUGUUCAUCACUACAAGAUCUUCUGGAGCAGCGAACACACACCGAUGAAGACGAACCGCAGGAGGAGGAGGAAGACCAGCCACGGGGAUCAGACAUGGGUGGAUCUGGACUCUCUCCAGUGCAACAGCAGCUACACAGUGGAGGUUCAGGCCAUGUCAUACUGGAGUCAGAUCAGACUGAAGAGCAGCAGAGCAACACUACACUUCAACACCACACACACCCAGCAGAACAGCAAGUCCGUCUCUAAGCUAAGGAAAGCAGAUCCUCCUGUUCUGGGAUCAGUGUCAGUGAAGAGACCCGGCAGCGCUCUGGAUGUGGGAACACCUUAUUAUCAAGACGGACAACUGCAGGUCCGAGUCUACUGGAAGAAGAGAACAGAUGCUUCGUCCAGCCGUUAUCAUGUUCAGUGGAUGCCUGAAUACUGCAGCCACAACCAGAGCCGAUCAGCAGAGAAAUCCGUGACUCAGGAGAACUACAUGAAUCUCCCCAGUCUACUGUUCUCCUGUAAGUACAGGGUGACGGUUCACACCCUCAGUGCCAGGCGACGCUCUAAGGGUGAGAGCACCAGCUUUCUGACACCGUCCUGUGCCACUCUGAGGAGCAAGAGCAUCAAACCCAUCGCCUGUACUGGAGACGCCGCUCCUGUGAAGGUUUUGACAAAGCCUGAAAAUCUGACCGCGUCCUUCAGCUUCCACGACGGUAACGUGACGGCUAGUUUCGUGUGGAGCGUGUCGCAUCAUCAGCCUCAUCAGCCAAUCACAGGCUUCCAGGUCACAUGGGCGGAGGUUUCCACAGAGAGCCGUCAGAACAGCCUUCCAAACAGCAUCAUCUCUCAGUCACAGAUCCUGCCGCCGAAUCGCAACCUGCUGGUGGUGUGGAACCUCCGCCCGGCCUCCAUCUACAGGUUGGAAGUUCAGGUCAUCACCACAGCUGGAGAAGGACCAGCGAUAAAGAAGAUCUUCCAGACGCCCAGCCGGAAAACUCGUCUUCAUCAACAGCACCAUCAGAAGUCUUCAGCAGAGAAACACUGAAACCGGCAGAACAACACAAGACUUUUUCACUCUCUACGGUUUUCAUCGCUGCACCCAAACUCUUGAGCAACAACACCGCUUCAUGUCUGGAUUUACACCAUUUCUGCAAGUUAAGAUCAAGGCAAAUCAUGCCGUUUCUCACAACCUGCCCAGAAAUACAGUUUAUUUGAAUGGAAAAUUGAGAUGUGGAGAAAAACUCACUUCAUGAGUUCUCAAAUACAGUCAUCAUCAUAGAGUGUUUUCAUUUCUGUUCAAGCAUGCACAGCCAUACUGGAGAUACUGGGCUGUCAACAACAGCAUGACUGAACAUAUGACUGCGCAGUUAUUGUUCAGCUUAGUCUUAGUUCUGUGUCAAAUGCAAUGUAUUUUAAUUAAGAUAUUAAUUAGUAUUUCAUAAGAGUGUAACGAUACAAUCAAGUCAUGAUUUAAUGUGCAUCUCGACAUAUGGUUAAAAAAACUAUUGAUAUUUUUGGGUGAAUUAUACCUUUUAAAUAGAGUAAGUUGACUUUAAUAGCAUUACCCCCUAAUAUUUGGCCUUCAAUAUGGCCGACUGAUGACACACCAUUCGUUUUUUUUCUUUUCUGCUUGAUUUGUUAGAACUUUUAUAAGUCUAAAGUACUCUAAAUGAGAUUUAUUUCAUCGUUAGCAAUUAGUUCAGCCCAAAAUAUGUCAAUAAUUUAUCAUUUUCAGCAGUAAUAAUCACCAUAAUAUAUGAGUUUAGCUCUGAUCUGUGGCUUUCUUUUCAUUUUCUGCCUCCAAUAUGGCCGACUGAAGACACGUCGUUCCUUUUUUUCUCAUUUCUGCUUGAUUUGUUUGAACUUUUAUAAUUCUAUAGUACUCUAAAUUCGUUUUUCAUCGUGAGCAAUUGGUUCACCCCAAAGUAUGUCAAUAAUUGAUCAUUUUCAGCAGUAAUAAUCACCAUAAUAUGAGUUGAGCUCUCUUCAGUGGCUUUGUUUACAUUCUGUGCCUCCAAUAUGGCCGACUGAUGACACGCCAUUCAUUUUUUCUCCUUUCUGCUUGAUUUGUUAGACCUUUUGUAAGUUUAUAUUACUCUAAAUGUUUCUUUUUUCAUUCUGAGCAAUUAGUUCAGCCCAAAAUAUGUCAAUAAUUGAUCAUUUUCAGCAGUAAUAAUCACCAUAAUAUAUGAGUUGAGCUCUGAUCUGUGGCUUUGUUUUCAUUUUCUGCCUCUAAUAUGGCCGACUGAAGACACGUCGUUCAUUUUUUCUCUUUUCUACUUGAUUUGUU